CAAGUACGACGCAAAGUUUUUUUUUUUAUGAAAAAAUGCCGAGUUUUUACUUUUGCAUUUUAUUUAUGUUGUUACCAUAUUUGUGUUCGGCUGUUUCAAAAAUAAAUACAGAAGAUCCGAUUUCCAGUCAUCCAGCUUGGAAAAAUUUAUCUAAUUCCGACUGCGGUGAUAGUGCUGCUGACCGUAUCAUCGGAGGAACAAACGCUAAUCUUGGACAAUUUCCUUGGAUAGUUCGCAUCGGAUAUCUAGAGGAUGGUGGUGAUGGUGAAUUAUUGUGGCAAUGUGGCGGCGCUCUCGUAAAUGAGCACUACGUUGUUACUGCUGCUCACUGCGUCAUGAGCAAAGAAGAAGAAAUUACACCAACGAUGAUACGACUCGGUGAACACAAUAUCCGUAGCGAUCCAGAUUGUGAGCUAUCGGUUUGUGCUCCGCCAGUACAAGAUAUCAAAGUGAAAACGUGGAGGACACAUCCUUCAUUCAACAAACCUGCUUACCAUAACGAUAUUGCUGUUAUUGAACUAGAGAAACCCGCAGUUCUGAAUGGGUACGUGGCGCCGAUUUGCUUGCCAAAAACUAUGGAACAACGUUCCGAGUUUCGCGUCGGAGAAAUCAUGGUAACAGCUGGCUGGGGUAAAACUAAUCUGACAACUGAUGAAAGUGCUGAUACGUUACAAGUUGUAACACUGCCUAUUGUAAAGCCGGAACUGUGCAACGAGCUCGGAAAGUAUUUCAAAAUCAGCAUUUCUGAAGUCUGCGCGGGCACAGAACGUAACAAAGAUGCUUGCACCGGCGACUCAGGGGGGCCACUCAUGAAGGUAUUCGACACUCUUGAAGGACCUAAGAAUUUUUUGGUCGGUGUAGUCUCAUUCGGACCUUUGAUGUGUGGAAAUGAAAAACCCGGAGUCUAUACCUCGAUAUCGUACUUCCUCAAAUGGAUCUUAGACAACAUCAUGUGAUUGCACACACUUGUUUGUCAAGUUUAGUCUUUGUAAAUACAUAUAUAUAUG